GUACAGUGUUGUGAAUCAAACAUUAUGAGGGCUUUUAUCGCAAUUCUUUUCAUAACUGCAUCGGUUCUGGCGGAACCGAGCAAGGUUGUCCAAAAACGUAGCGGACUUGUUGGUCAUUAUGGCGGAGCUAUCAUAUCUAGUGGCGGGUAUGGAGGCUAUGGAGGCUAUGGAGGAUAUGGGGGGUACGGACUCGGCUCCGGGCUUGGCUCUGGGGGUAUCGUGAGCGGUGUUGGAAUCGGAUCCGGCCUGGGCUUAUCCUCCGGUGCAAUCGUCGGUGCUGAUGUCCACACAACCGUCACCAAGCACGUUGGAGUCCCUGUACCAGCCCCCUAUCCAGUGGCCGUAGACAGACCAGUGCCUUACCCCGUUAAGGUUGGAGUGCCAGUGCCAGUAGACAGGCCCUACGCUGUGCCCGUCCCAAGGCCCUACCCAGUGACAGUUGAGAAGGCCGUGCCAGUUGCAGUAGAUCGCCCCGUGCCAGUUCCAGUACCUCACGCAGUCCCCGUGCCAAUCAUCAAACAAGUGGGAUACCCUGUUCCGCAACCGUACCCAGUGCCUGUCGCUAGGCCAGUGGCAGUGCCAGUACCACAACCUGUAGGAGUUCCAGUUGUAGCUGGCAUUCGUUCUGGAGUUGGAGCUAUUGGCAUUGGCGGAGGUUAUGGCGGAAUCGGCGGUGGCAUCUACGGUGGUAGCGGCUACAGUAGCGGCAUCUAUAGCGGUGGCAUCUACGGCGGUGGCAUCCACGGCCACGGUCACGGUAAAAUCUGGUAGACCGAUUCAUCGCUCGGUUGUUAGAUCGUUCAUUGAAAUUUGGAUAUUUAGCCCAAUAUUUUAGACUGAUAAAUUUAAUAGAAUGCUUAAAGCUUUUGAGUUAAUAAUGAAGAUUAUUAAUAAAUUCUUCGCAUCUAAUAACCGCUGUCAAUUCGGUAGGCGUUACUUAGUCCGGUUGGUGUCUUGUGAUGUAGGCUAGCUUAGUUUUAAGAGUGAUCGUUUUUGGCGUCUUUAAAAAUAAAGAAGUUGAGAUUUGGGUGUGUGAGGGUUAGAAUAAAGUCUAUUCAAGGCGCAUUUCAAUGAAUUUUCAUCACUCUGUAUAAAAUUGAUGCUGAUUUUGCCCAAAAUAUCCGAGGCAAAGCUUCGAUUGUACCUGGGUUCACUAUUGUAUAUAGGAUUUCUUUAGUUGUAUAGUUUUUAUGAGUCUAUUUCGUCCGCAGUCGAAAAAAUAUUAUCGAUCUUUAUAUUAUUUUUUUCUAAUAAAAUGUAUUUUGAAUAUA